CCGAGUUUCGGGCGGGACUUCCUUUCUCUUGCGGAUGCGAUAUUAGGGUGAGCAGGCAGAAAGGGCUUGGUCGGGGUGUCACUGGUGUAUUCCUAUCCGUGCGGCUCUGGACAGCAAAUAACCGGGCUGACAACGCUGCUGCCGCUGCCGAACCCUCGUAGAUGAACCUCCUCCCCGGCUAUGCUGCCCUGAGAGCUCCGCGAGUAUCCGCCUCGCCAACAUGUCUGAUGUCAACAAGACUAUUCAGAAAUGGCACGCCAGUUUUAGGAAAGGAACAGACUUUGACUCGUGGGGACAAUUAGUGGAGGCUAUAGAUGAGUACCAAAUUUUAGCGAGACAACUACAAAAAGAGGUCCAGUCAACAAAUUCAUCAGACUUCACAGAGGAGCAGAAGAAAACUUUAGGAAAGAUUGCAACAUGCCUGGAGAUGAGAAGUGCCAGUUUGCAGUGCACACAGUCAAAAGAGGACUUCAAGUUAGAAGAGCUGAAGAAACUGGAAACCAUAAUUCCAAAUAUUCUGACCUACAACAAAGAAUUUCCCUUUGACGUACAGCCAGUGCCCUUAAGGAAAAUCCUGGCUCCAGGUGAAGAGGAGAACCUGGAGCUGGAGGAGGAGGAGGAGGAUGCUGCAGCAGGAGCAGGAUCUACAGAAGCGUUCCCCCCGAGAGCCCCCGCUUCGCAAGGUACCUUGUUGCCACGGUUACCGUCAGAGCCUGGGAUGACACUACUUACACUAAAGAUCGAAAAAAUUGGGUUGAAGGAUGCAGGGCAGUGCAUCGAUCCGUACAUGACCAUUAGUGUCAAAGAUUUGAACGGCGUCGAUGUGAACCCAAUGCAGGACACACCUGUGGCCUCCAGGAAGGAAGAUACCUACAUUCACUUUAGUGUGGAUGUGGAGAUCCAGAGACAUGUGGAGAAAUUACCAAAAGGAGCAGCUAUCUUCUUUGAAUUCAAGCACUACAAACCUAAAAAGAGGUUUACCAGCACUAAAUGUUUUGCCUUCAUGGAAAUGGACGAGAUCAAACCCGGCCCUAUCGUCAUCGAACUGUACAAGAAGCCCACAGACUUCAAGAGGAAGAAACUGCAGCUUCUAACAAAGAAACAACUCUAUCUCCAUCUUCAUCAGACAUUACACAAGGACAGCUAAGUCGAGCAGCACGCCCUGAACUUUGAACCAACUCUUUUUAAUCUCUCUCCCUUCCACAUCCAGCAAAAUGUGGUGUUCCACCUCGUAACAUCCAGCAAUACUAAAUCACGGUUGUAGUCCUUUUUUUUUCUCCAUUAGUUUAUAAAGAAAGUGAAGGGAGUCAAACAUUUGUCACAUCAACUCAGGCUUUUGUAUUUUUUGAUUGUAUGGUUGUCAAGUGCAUAUCCCUUCUGUUGCAGGAAACCCUGCUCCAAAAACUCAAAAUGUAUUCAGUUUGACAGUUCGACUAGUUGGAGAUACAGGGCUUUCAUAUUACAGCAGGGUUAUGUUAAACCAGAUAAAGCAUCAUCUACACUCUUCUUUAUCUCACUGAUUUUGGGAAACGGGACACAACGUGAGUUAUUACAGGUGCUUAAUAAUUUUGUGCUGUUGGAUUUUAGACUCUGAAGUGAAAUUCAGCAAAACAUUAAAAGCAGAUAUAGUUGCCAAACUCUGGACACGUUGGUGAAGUCAUGGCAAAGUUUGCAAAGCCACUCCCUGAAUAAAUAACACGCAAACGGCAUCGCUGUUGGCUCCAUCAAGCCACCAAGAGAUUGGUCGUAAAUUCUGUCAAUGGUCUGUGUGCCAUAACUAUAGACUUUUAUGGGGUUUAAUUAUUAUCAGUUAAAUAGAUGAAUUUAAAAAAGCUAUUACAAACUGGUGGUUAUAAAAAUCAAAAAAGAUUAAAUCCCCCCCAAUUAAUAAUAAAAAAGUUGUAUGUAUUGCUUAAAUUAUCAAUUAUUGAAUAGUAAAAUUGGAUCACAAGAAUAAUUUUUAAAAGGCUAAUAAAUGCCGAUCAUAUACAGCACUAUCUCACAAUUUGUUUGUUGUCUACUUUAACAUUUACAGUUUCCAUUGUGUGCUUUCUUUAAUAUUAACUGACCUUUCAGGUUUAGAUUACAUAUAGUCAUUUAUUGUUAACAUAAAAAUAUUGAUAGGUGCAGCUUUAAUUUAAAGCAGCAGACAGUCUGAUUGGCCAGCUCUUAUGUGUGUCUAUCGAAUCAGAGCUAUUCUGCUGUUGUGUGGGUUGGACGUCCUUCAACUUUUAGGUGGCAUGAGUCUUUACAUUAAAGCUAUAGAUUAUUAUAAUUAUAUAAUAAUAAUAAUAAUGUCCAAAAUUGUCCUGGUGGCACACUAUGGAUUGUUGUUUAGUCACAUACAGUAUUGAAUUCAGCAGUGGCAUUUAUAAUGUUAAAUGGUGCAAUUCUAGGUUAAAUAUACAGUAUGAUCUAUGAAGCACUGAAAUACUUUGACCAUUUUCAGAGUAUUCAUUUUUUCAGGUUGUUGGCUUUGUCAGAAUAUAUAACAAAUAUGAUUUCUAUACUCAAAUAUUUGUAUUAGCAUUUAAAUGUCCCCAUAAUUCUGACAGUCGCCACAUUUCAGUUCAGUGUUCAUGCUUCAGUAUGUAUUGGAUUUAGUUUAAUACAUUUUUUUAUAAAUGUAUAAAGAGUUAAGUGGAUGCAGCAUUGGUUCACGUGAUUCUGUAUUGAGUGUAAGCAUCUGGUUACGGUCUAGAUGUUUAACACCAGUUUUUUUUCUAAGCAAGCAGAAAUACAGUUUGGAUGUUUAUCACCUGCCAGGAAGUGUCUUUUUAAAAUCUAGUGUUAGUUUGCAGAUCAGAUGUUUUAUGUAUACCGUUAUAUUUGAAUUAAGUCUAGAGGAUGCAUCUUUAUUGAACAGGAAUGCUCUUGGACUAACUUUUUAAGAUUCACUUAAGCCCACUACUUACCCUGUUAUAAAGGGAGUUUUUAAAUGAAAAGUUGCAUGUAACUUUUGUUUUGCAUUCUGACUUUGCAGAUGAUCGUCUUCACUAAAACAUCUUCAUUGUAAUAUUUGAUUUUAGAUUUUAUUUUUGUAAUGUCACAAUAUUCAGUACUGUAAAUUAACUAAGAUACACUAACUGAUGAAUAUACAGCAACACAGUGCAUGUAUGAAGCGCUACAAUGUGGUAGGACUGAGACCUGUGGAGUGUUUUAGUUUUGUUGACAGACUUAAGGGGAAUUGUAUCAAAUGUUUACAUUGCUUUUAAUUUCUAAUAAACUACAAAUGAAGCAGU